UUUCCUACUUGCUAUCAGUCAAUCUCUUCUCUUGUCGCGUGCUUGGGUCUCUUGUCAUUGUCGUCGCUUCGAUUCUCUUCAACCUCUCCAAAACCUCCAGCUUCAGCAUUACAUCAUAGCUCUAUAGCUUUGUUCACAAGACACGACGACAAUGGUUCAAAACAAGCCCGAAGCGCCUGGCGCAGUCACACCUCAGAAGAAGAUUGAGUUGUUCUCUGGAACUUACUUUGCUGCAUGUACAUUGGGUGGUAUCAUUGCUUGCGGACCUACUCACACUGCCGUCACACCCUUGGAUCUUGUAAAAUGCCGUCGUCAAGUAGACAGCAAGCUCUACUCCUCCAACAUGCAAGCCUGGCGCACUAUUUUCCGUAAAGAAGGUCUCCGCGGUGUCUUCUUCGGCUGGUCUCCCACUUUCGUCGGAUACUCAUUCCAAGGUGCCGGCAAGUACGGUGCCUACGAGUUCUUCAAGUACACCUAUGGCGAGAAGCUGUUCCCCAACACCAACAAGACUGUCGUCUACCUUGGAGCUUCUGCCACCGCCGAAGCCAUUGCCGAUCUUUUCCUCUGCCCCCUCGAGGCCAUCAAGGUUAGAAUGCAGACUACACUGCCACCUUUCGCUUCCACCCUUCGCGAGGGCUGGAGCAAGGUUGUCGCUCAGGAAGGUGUUGCUGGUCUCUACAAGGGUCUUUAUCCCCUUUGGGCUCGUCAAAUCCCUUACACCAUGGUCAAAUUCGCAACCUUCGAAUCCGCUGUCGCUCAAAUCUACAAGCAACUCGGCAAGCCCAAGGAGAGCUAUGGCACUCUUGCCCAAACUGGUGUUUCCUUCCUCGGUGGUUACAUUGCUGGUAUCGGCUGUGCCGUUAUUUCUCACCCUGCUGAUGUCAUGGUCAGCAAGUUGAACAGCGACCGCAAGUCUGGUGAGGGUGCAGGCCAGGCCGUCAGCAGAAUCUACAGCCAGAUUGGCUUCAGAGGCCUGUGGUCUGGUGUCGUGUUGAGAAUUGGCAUGAUCGGUACUCUUACCGCCUUCCAGUGGUUGAUCUACGAUUCAUUCAAGGUCUCUGUUGGUCUGCCUACUACUGGCGGUCACUAAGCCUGAUCUUCCAGUCUUGUUCUUUUCUUCCGUUUAUAUAAUGCUAAUGAUUUUGGACCUUGAGCGGUAGGCGUUGUUUUGGCAUUCGGGCGUUUUGAUAGAAAUAAAAGAAAUGCAAUCUACUACACAACAUGUCGUUUCCCACUCCCGUCAUCCAAGGCAACAAUGCAAGACGCUUUUCAACCUUCACUAUCCCAUCACCAACCCGACCAUUUCAUAAGACAGACAGGACUCACAUAUUGUUACACACAGACGAGACAUAAAAAGCCUCCC